AAAGGACCGCGGACAAAAGCACAGCUCAAUCGUCGACGCGGGCCAGAUCCCCGUCCUUUCCUGCCUCGGCGAGUCCAAAACCGGGCAGCUGCUCAACAUCAACGCCGACGUCGCAGCGCGCGAGCUCGUGAUCACGCUGCAGCCGCACAAGACGAUCUUCGUCAACGCCAAGGGCGGCUGGCUCGAAGACGGCGUCAAAGUACCCAAACUGGACAUGAGCACGGACUAUGCGACCAUGGCGGCGCGCGACUACACGGGGCGCCAAGGCACCUUGCUCAAGCUCAACGAGAUCAACACGCUGCUGCAGGCGCUGCCGUCCACGUCGUCGGUCGUGCUCACGUCCGCGGCCGCGCUCGCCAACGAAAUCGUGUCGGGGCACUCGGCCGGCGGCGGCGAUCACGUCGACGCGCCGCUGCACUUUUGCAGCGGAAAGAAGAAGAAGGUUGGGCUCAUGGGCGCGCGUGGCUACGUUGGCCGCGAGCUCAUUCGCGUCCUCGGCGGCCACCCGGAAUUGGACUUGGUCGUCGCGAGCUCGCGGGCGCUCUCUCCAGUGCUGACCACGCCCAAGGUGAUGGACCUCGUCGCCAUGUCGGGCGACCUCGAGCUCGUCUCCAGUCAAGGCUACCUCGAGAUCCCGGAGCUGCUCGUCGCUCGUGGCUACGAGGCUGCUCGUGGCCACCGCACGCAGUUUGUGCAGGAGGCUUUUCCGACACCCACGACGCUGCCACUUUGGGUCUCGGAGCGCACGAUGAUCCGAGCAGCGUCCUACGACCACCUCGACAUGCUGCGGCAUUUGCACGAAGUCGGCGGCCUUGAAUGGACGCCACUGCUCCACGAGGUGCCGCGGGUCCAAGAAGAGCAGUAA